AUGAUAAAUUGGUUAAUUGUCUCCGUCAGUGGGAUACUUGGACUUGGAAUAAUAUCUAUAACUUCAUCAGUGAUCAUGUCUCUGUUCCGUAAUAUAGCCUGGUUUUCUAAAGGAAUGCGUGAAUACACCAAAUCAGGCUAUGAAUCAGCUGCCUCACGUUUUGAUCCCGCUGAAUUAACCAAUAUCCACUUAGAUAGUUAUCGUGUUUUGGUAACUGGUGCAAAUUCAGGAAUUGGUUUCAUAUGCUGUAAAGAAUUGGCUAAACAUGGAGCAGAAGUUCAUAUGGUUUGUCGUAAUAAAUCUAGAGCGGAAGAGGCAAGACGAAAAAUUAUCUCUGAAACUGGAGUCAAUGAAUCUCGUGUAAUCCUUCAUUCCUUGGAUUUAUCUAAACCGAAUGAUGUAUGCAGCUUUGGAAAGAAUUUUGCUCAUAAAGAUGAUUCUCGACUGGAUAUCUUGAUAAACAAUGCCGGUUGUAUGGUCAAUGAGUAUAAAACUGAUGAAAAUGGUUUGGAAGCAAAUUUCGCUACAAAUACACUUGGUACCUAUCUACUUACUGAAUGCUUAAUACCGGCACUGAAAAAGUCCUCAGAUCCACGUGUUAUCACUGUCAGUUCAGGUGGAAUGUUAGUACAAAAACUUGAUCAUGCUGAUCCAAUGUUAACAAGUAAAUAUGGAAAAUUCGAUGGAACAAUGAUAUAUGCUCAAAAUAAACGUCAACAAGUUGUUAUGACUGAAAUGUGGGCUAAAAACUAUCCGAAUAUAUUUUUUUGUUCAAUGCAUCCUGGUUGGGCUGAUACACCGGCUGUAGCAUUGUCUAUGCCAUCAUUUUAUAAUCGAAUGAAAAUAAACUGA